AUGUCAUCAGCGCCAGAUAUCAACCCGUACGAAGUGUUGGGGGUUGCGAAAGAUGCGGGCUUAGCUGACAUUAAAUCCGCCCAUCGCAAGCUCGUGCUGAAAUGCCACCCUGAUAAGAUCAAGGAUGAGUCUCUGAGGAGCAAGGCUCAGGAUGAGUUCCAGAGAGUUCAGCAAGCCUACGAACUUCUUUCGGAUGAGACAAGAAGGGCAAAGUACGAUGGCAAGGUUCGUUUAGCUGAGCUACGCCGUGAAGCGCAGGCACAUGGGGUGUCUGUCAACAUCAGCGGUGCAGCGCCCUAUGCCUCUCCGCGGGCAAGCGGCUCGAGUGGUGCUCGCGAGGUUCGCAAUGGGCGGAUUUACGAGGAGAGGACCCCAGCCGAUGCCGCCUAUUUCGAUGAGGACCUUCAGUUCUCCGAGGGGUCACGAUCGACGUCCCGCAAGUACGACGAGUUUGGAAAGCGAUACAGCAAGCCAUCGGAUGAGAAGAAGAAAACCAAGAGCGAUACCCCCAGUGCUCGCGCAGCAAAGGAUAUGGCUCGCGACAAUUCAAGGACGACCCACACCAGUCGCGCCAAGUAUCGUACCAAGGAACGCAGACGGGAAGCAUUCGAAAAGUAUGACCGGGCCGUUCCGUACAGUGAUUCUGAAGAUGAUGGGGGUGCAUCGGACUCAAGUGCCUCGUCGGUUUACGUGAGGAUCAAGCGGCCCUCCGAAAAGCGCAAUCGCGACUCUUCCUCCCGCAAAGCCAGACCGACAGAGUCAUCUCGCCGGCGCGAUCCAGCGCGAUAUGACAACGAUGAGUAUACCGAUGAGUUUGAGUCGAAGCAUGACAAACUGCACACCACGGCCCGGGAUUACAUUAGGCGCUCCAAGGGCAAAACGCCUAUCGAGAUUGAUAGUCGGCCACAGUCGUCCCGCUCGCCCCCACGCCAUCAUGGCUAUGAAUCGGCAGAUCCAGAGUCGUCCUCUUCCAGGCACUCGGGUCGGUCGAAGCGGCCGAGCAAGGAAACUGUGCGUACUAGCAGCUCUCGCAAUGGAUCAUACGAGAAGCUCGAAACUCAGAGUCGGUCCUAUGAAACCAAGGUGCCUAGCAUGCCGACUGCGGCAACUUCACCCGCAGUCAAGCUUCCUCCAUCGGUCCGGCCUUCCCUUCAGCCCUCGCGGUCUGCAAGCUCCGCACAGACCCAUUCCCGUCCCAAGGGCAUUAGCCGCUCAGACACCCUUCCACACAGCCUUCCACAGAUGGUCUAUGAGGUUAGCUCACGGGCCGCGAAACUAAGAGGAACGGACAAAUACGACUCGGGGUAUUCAAGUCCGGGUACUCCGGAAAUGGCUUCUGGGGAGAGCCCACCUAAGUCAACCCGGUACAAGAUCGUGACGGAGCCGGACACAGUGCUGGUAGAACCCAGCAUACCGCCACCACAGAAGUCCCCGAGACACGCAAGGGGGUAUUCACCGCCACGUCAAGAACGCCCUGUUUCAGGGCGCCCUAUGCCGAAGCCACCAGUUCGGAGCAGUACUUACGCCUAUCCUACGGAGCACUCAUUACGGUAUGAGUCUGCACCUCGUCCUAGCGCAUCCAGGCAAUCUUCCAGUCGGCCUCUGUAUCGGGAAGUUUCCUCGCCGAAGGAUAAAGAGUUCAAGUACGCGCGAGAGGUGGGGCCCGAGCACGUCUCAUCUCGCGAUCCUCACAUCCGACAGUCGUAUGGAGACUAUCCUAUUCCACCCAUAGAACGGCGGCAAUCUGCUUUUGCUCGAUGA